AUGCGUGAUGACAAUGAUCGCAAUCAAAUUACCGAUGAACAACGUCUCCUGCGCCAUUUACUUGACCAUUACGAGAAAGCCGUAAGGCCUGUGAGGAAUGCCUCCAACACGGUGGUGGAUGAGAAAAAUCAAGUGUUAACAAUAAAUGUUUGGCUCGAUCAAGAAUGGAAAGAUGAAUUGUUAGUUUGGGAUCCGAAAGAAUUUGGUGGGAUUGAAUCUGUUCGAGUACCAUCCGAUUUGAUAUGGCUACCUGAUAUUGUUCUUUACAAUAACGCGGAUGAUUAUACAAUCGGUUCAAUGCAUUCACGAGCAAUAUUAUUUUAUGAUGGUACCAUCUUCUGGCCACCACCAACACAACUUCGUAGUACCUGUAAAACUGAUGUCACAUAUUUUCCAUUCGACAGUCAGCAUUGCGCAAUUAAAUUCGGCUCAUGGACUUAUCAUGGUUUUCAAGUGGAUAUCACAAAUCGAAGUGUAAAUGUUGAUUUAAGUUAUUAUGUGGAAUCCGGAGAAUUUGAUUUGGUGAAGGUAUUCCAGAAACGUCGAGUUCUUAAGUAUACGUGUUGUCUGGAACCGUACCCGGACGUUACAUUUUAUAUUCAUAUCAGAAGAAAGACGCUUUAUUACCUAUACAAUGUUGUAUUUCCAUGCUUAAUGAUGUCUGCCUUAACACUUCUUGUAUUUAUUUUACCACCCGAUUCGAACGAGAAAAUCACAUUGGGAAUUACAGUUCUUCUCGCAUUCUCGGUUUUUGUGUUAGCUAUCGCGGAAAAAAUGCCAGAAACAAGUGAUUCGAUACCCUUGAUUGGGGUCUAUCUGACCAUUGUUAUGCUUCUGUCUAGUAUAUCUAUCGUUAUGACCGUUAUGGUGUUGAAUUUUCAUCAUCGUCGUCCAUUUGAUCGUCCUGUGCCAGAAUGGGUCCAUGUCCUUGUGUUACAAAAAUUGCGACAUUUUUUAAAAGUAGAUUUACAAUAUCCGCUAAUUAACAGAAAUGAUUGCUUGAUAUCGAAUGGUCAACCAAACGAAAUGUGCUCACGAAAGUUCAUUGAAAAUCCAUUACUUUGGAUGCAAGAAACCGAAUUUGUCAACGUUGAUAGACGUUUAACAGCACGUAGAACUAAGCGAAGUAUCGAUUUGCAAGUUUACUAUCACAGAAUAUUACAGGAAACGAAUGAAUUAUGUCAGACGUUGACGAACGAAUGGCGUCAAGUAGCUCACGUAAUUGAUCGUUUACUGUUUUGGAUAUUCCUUAUAUGUACUGUAAUAAUAACUGUUAUUUUACUUGUCAUUAUACCAAUUCAGUAUCGUUCAUUUGAUAAUUUUCCUGAUGAAAAUUCAUAUUGGAAUGUUUAA